AUGUUUCUACUUUUUCUUGGAGAGAUCGGCGUCUUUAGAAAACCUCUAAAGACACGGACGCCACACGGACGCCACACGGACGCCACACGGACGCCACACGGACGCCACACGGACGCCACACGGACGCCACACGGACGCCACACGGACGCCACACGGACGCCACACGGACGCCACACGGGGCCUCGCCGCCUCCUUCUGACAGAUCUGGCCACGCCCCCUGUGGUUCAGUCUGACAGAUCUGGUCACGCCCCCCUGUGGUUCAGUCUGACAGAUCUGGUCACGCCCCCCUGUGGUUCAUCUGACAGAUCUGGUCACGCCCCCCUGUGGUUCAGUCUGACAGAUCUGGCCACGCCCCCUGUGGUUCAGUCUGACAGAUCUGGCCACGCCCCCCUGUGGUUCAGUCUGACAGAUCUGGUCACGCCCCCCUGUGGUUCAUCUGACAGAUCUGGCCACGCCCCCCUGUGGUUCAGUCUGACAGAUCUGGCCACGCCCCCUGUGGUUCAGUCUGACAGAUCUGGCCACGCCCCCCUGUGGUUCAGUCUGACAGAUCUGGUCACGCCCCCCUGUGGUUCAAUCUGGUCACGCCCCCCUGUGGUUCAGUCUGACAGAUCUGGCCACGCCCCCCUGUGGUUCAGUCUGACAGAUCUGGCCACGCCCCCCUGUGGUUCAAUCUGGCCACGCCCCCCUGUGGUUCAGUCUGACAGAUCUGGCCACGCCCCCCUGUGGUUCAGUCUGACAGAUCUGGCCACGCCCCCUGUGUCUGACAGAUCUGGCCACGCCCCCCUGUGGUUCAGUCUGACAGAUCUGGUCACGCCCCCUGUGGUUCAGUCUGACAGAUCUGGCCACGCCCCCCUGUGGUUCAGUCUGACAGAUCUGGCCACGCCCCCUGUGGUUCAGUCUGACAGAUCUGGCCACGCCCCCCUGUGGUUCAGUCUGACAGAUCUGGUCACGCCCCCCUGUGGUUCAUCUGACAGAUCUGGUCACGCCCCCCUGUGGUUCAGUCUGACAGAUCUGGCCACGCCCCCUGUGGUUCAGUCUGACAGAUCUGGCCACGCCCCCCUGUGGUUCAGUCUGACAGAUCUGGCCACGCUCCCUGUGGUUCAGUCUGACAGAUCUGGCCACGCCCCCCUGUGGUUCAGUCUGACAGAUCUGGUCACGCCCCCCUGUGGUUCAUCUGACAGAUCUGGCCACGCCCCCCCUGUGGUUCAGUCUGACAGAUCUGGCCACGCCCCCCUGUGGUUCAGUCUGACAGAUCUGGCCACGCCCCCCUGUGGUUCAGUCUGA